GCCGCCAAGAAGAAAACGCUGGCUGAACGGCAGGCCAAUGCUCGCAAACAUGCGAUCAGUCGAUCAGGGAAUCGACACAGCCUGGCCUACAUGAUCCUCACCUCGCAGAUGAUGAUGGUGCAAGCCAUGCAGCCCAGCUUCGAGAUGGCCCUGGACUUCGCCUUCUCUCCUGAGAUGACCCUCACUCUCUUCAUCCUACUGAUGACCAUGGCGGAGACUGCCCUCGAGAAGAAUGUGUUUGGCCUCCUCAAGAUGGAGAUCACACGACUUCAACAAGACCUACGAGACUCAGAUGCCUACAACGCCCAGCUCAAGGACCAGCUCGACGCGCUGGAGGGCGAGAACAACGAAUUGGAGAAGGAAGUGGACGACCUCACCCUGAUGCGGGACUACCUGUCCGGUGACAUCGGGGAGCUCGACGGCAAAUACAAAGAUGUGAGAAUUAAAUGGCAGACUGCCUAUGACAAGCUGGAAGCCAUCAAGUACGAGCUUGAUCGCAACCCAGUACCAAGGUCAGUAUGGACUACAAGAACAGGCAGCAAGUACCACAUCUACCCGGACUGUCAAGGCCUUUCUGGGGCCGAUGCUGGCACGAUGAGACAGUAUGACUACUGCGCCUUCUGCGCCCAGCUGGAGAUGAUGAAGUGGCGAGA